AAUUAAUCAAUCUGGUUUCUAUUAGAAACGGUUGACAAGGCAACGUACAGCGAAUCCUACAAUAUAUAUAAAAGAUCUGAGUUACUAAGUACUAAAUAAUGAAAUUCACUGGGAAUAACAUCUACUUGUUACUUUUAAGCAUCAUUCUGUUGGGACGCGCAGCUGUAGACGGUUCAGAUACUACUACACAAAAUGUAACCGCUAGUUUAACAAAUAUAGUUUUCAAAUGCCAAAAUAAAGGCCAUUACUGCAAAACGAUUACGAAUAAUCAAUUAGAUAAAACCGAAUUAACUACAUUAUGGAGAGUACUUUAUGAGAUACAACAAAUUCUAACCGAUUUCCAUUGUUAUCAAGCAGCUUAGCUUAAAGGAAUAUCUAAUAUUUACAAAUGAAUUAUUGAACAAAAUUACUUAUAGUUAUCUGAAAAAAGAAAACAACUUUUGAAAUGAUAUAAAUACACUUUUUAAGUGGUAACCGUCUAUAUAUUUGAUGUUGUAAGCAGUUUCGAUCUGAAGACAUCAAGACUGGUCAUUCAUGUUUAUUUUGAAUUCGAGUUGCUAUGAAAUGGUAAUUUUAUGCUUUUUUGACAAAUUUAUCAUUCUACAUUCCCAUUACUUGUAUUUAAUGAGUUUGACAGAGUUUAUUUGUUGAUAAAAUUAAACUUUUAGGUCUAUGUAUGGCACCAAUGGUUUUUAUAAUUUCAUGUGUAAUAUUAUCAGUAUAUAGACAGGAGGGUUUUGUUAUUGCUUAAAUUUGGGCUUUAAUCAAGGAGAUAGAGUAACAGUGUGCAGGUGU